CAUGUGCCUCACAGGCUCAAAUUAAGUGGAUAUUUGUAGCUUUUUACAAGUUUUACUGCUCAAAGUUUGUGUUUCGAUACGAAAUGUGAAAGAAUCGCAAAGUUCUGAGAUGGUUAGUUUAAGUGGAGACCGAGGAAGCGGGGGUUACUUUUUCGACCGAGAGGACAGUGGCAGUCCAGGGAUAUCUUCUCAAGCCCAGGAAGAAGCCCUAGCCAAUGACACAGCUUCCCUGGGUCUUUUACCCGAAACAAAGUUUCAUCCAAUUCGAACAACAUGGAUUGCUAUUUUGCAGCUGAUCCUCUUUAUUGCUUUUGAAUCCCUUCAAUUUAUUUUGCCUAAUAAAGAACUUAUGGGUAAAAACUUUGAGGUUUCCUUGUCGCUUGGUGGUACGGAUCCUCCAUUCAGCUUCUUAAUCUUGCUACAUGUGGGGUUGUGGGUAGUUAUAUUUAUCUGCGACAGAGUUUUGCAAUAUCAACAUCAUCAGUCCCAAGCUAAAGGCUAUCUGGAGUUCUUUAGAGAGACCAAAGAGUUGAGAAGAAUUCCGCACGCCAUUCUAUCACUAGGAAAUGCUGUUUUGUUGGUUAUAUAUGCAGUCAUGGGUCAUGAUUCAAACAAAUCUGACAGGGGUGACCUGGCACUAUACAAUAUAUUGCAGAUUAUUUUCACUGUUGAGUUUAUUAUAUCUGUGCCUGGAAUUCUGUGGUACUUAGUAAAAGUUAUGAAGUUCAACGUAAGAAGACCACUCCCAGAUGCAGAGGACUCAGACUUUUUGAACGUUUACACAAACAAUGGGGCAUCUUCCCUUUCCGUAACAGGAUAUAGGGACAAUGAUUAUUUGGAUGAAGUCCUGGAGAAACAAGCGGACAUGAUCCGAUAUCUACAGCAACACAAUACCAACUUGGGAAAACGGCUGAUGAAACUAACUGCACAACAGGAGCGAGGAAGCUUGGAGGCCUGAUUCUAUUUGUAUUCGGCUUACAUGAAGUCCCAAGGCCCCUCCGCUAGGUUAAUUCUGGAUGCUUUUGUAAGACGUAACGUGACCCCUUCCCAGAGUUUGCGCGGACAAAAAGAGAACGCCUGGGGAAGGCUAAUUUGUAUUCAUACGUGGUGUUUCAAGGAAUGGAUUAAGAAGUCUUUCCUCUCAGAUCUAGAGUUGUUCAAAUGACCCAGUAGUCCGUUUCAUUUGUAAAGAAUAAGAUCGUCAAUUUUUCGUUUCUACUAAACGUAAAGGAAGAAUCAAACAACUUAAUUUACCCCUUUGAGAGCCAUGACCAUCGUUUUUGAGUUUCUCUUCCAAAGAUUCAAAUUGUCAUUACGUAAAUUUCUUAAUUCCUCCUUCUAAUAUAUUGUCAAUAAAAGGUUUGUCAAAAAAAAAAAACAGUAAUAAUGCUAAGGUUACAAUGCAAGAGUACAUCAUUUUUGUUUAUCGAUUAGGAAAUGGGAAAAUGAACAGUAGAGCUGGUUUCUUUCAGUGUACUUUUGUUUCUUCUGUGUUCCUUUGACCAGUGCCACCUUUUCCAUUUAUAACAGAACACUUUUGAGGAUUACUACAGUUUUCAGGCUCGAUAUUUUUUGUAUUGUUCUUUUCGUUCGUUGUCACCCAAUUAAUAAAAUUUUAACGAGGUUA